CCUUCUAUAUUUCAGUUCAUUUAGCUAUAUACCUCCAACUUGCCUCUCCUUCUAUCCCUUUCUUUUGCUAUCUUUCUUGCUUUUUGAGUGCUCUCUCCAUGGCUUCUCUCCAGGCUGAUAUUCCUACACCAGUGAAAGAGGUGGUGACUAAGGAAACAGAAGAAACAACACAUGAUGAUGAUCAGGAGUCUGCUGCCGUCGAUCAAGAUCAGGAUUUGGCCACUAAAGAUAUAGAAUUCAUAGCUACUGCAGAGGAGACAGAUCAUAAACCUAAGGAAGUGGUUUUGCCCGAUGAUAUAGAAGAAGAUAGUGAAGUAGUAGCUGAUGAUCAUGAUGAAGUGGAUAAAGCACCAGUGUCACCAAUUCAUGAGGAGGAUUCAAAAUGGACAGAGAAAAUAGAACAUGAAGCUGAAGAUCAAGAUGACGAGGAUGAUGAAUUAGAGUAGUAAAAUGAAGGAAAUUACUACUUUUAGGUGCAAAAAGAAAUAAAAGGUUCGUUAAGUAUUUCUGUUGCUAAAAUAGUGGCACGUACGUACUUUAGCAUCUGUGAUGAUGGAUGCUGUGAUUUGGGUUAGAGCUUUUCAUUAAUUUCCUGUUUGAAAGUGUCUAUAAGCACUGGUAAUUUGGAUCUUCCAAAUAUCAGAUCAGAGUGAUUUAUUUGUAUUUUCAGCCGAUGAUCGAUAUAUAGACACUUUCCAUGUUGUUGUCUUU